AAGUGAGAACAGCUAUAAAGGGCUGAAAGGAAAACGUACGAGUCUGAGUGAGGCCACGGGACGAACACCAUGCGUGCGUUGGUAAAAGUUGGCGGCAAACGCUUAAGCUCUGCGCUGAGCAGCCUCAGCUCGCCGUCCCUACUCCGCUUAUUCAGCACCCUUAACUCCGGCUCCGUUCAUCCCACGGCAAUCGUUCACCCCAAUGCCGUUUUGGGUCAGGGUGUUUCAAUUGGGCCCUUUUGUACUGUUGGGUCGUCGGCGAAGGUUGGCAAUGGCUGCAGAUUGUACCCCGGAAGCCAUGUUUUUGGAAAUACAGAAGUUGGGGAGCGUUGUGUUUUGAUGACUGGUGCCAUUGUUAGAGAUGAUCUUCCGGGGCGUACCGUGCUCGGAUGUGAUAAUGUUAUUGGGCACCAUGCUGUGGUUGGUGUCAAAUGCCAAGACUUGAAGUACAAGUCAGGGGAUGAAUGUUUCCUUGAUGUUGGAGACAACAAUGACAUCAGAGAGUGUACUUCAAUCCACCGGUCUUCGAAGUCAACUGAUACAACUGCUAUUGGGAAUAACAAUCUUAUCAUGGGAUCUUGUCAUAUUGCCCACGAUUGCAAGAUCGGAAACAACAUCAUUUUUGCAAAUAAUACAUUGCUAGCAGGCUUUGUUGAGGUGGAAGAUUAUGCUCACACUGCAGGGGCUGUUGUAGUUCAUCAAUUCUGCCAUGUUGGCUCUUUCUCAUUCAUUGGCGGUGGCUCUGUGAUUACACAGGAUGUUCCAAAGUAUAUGAUGGUUGCAGGAGAAAGAGCUGCGCUUCGCGGUUUAAAUCUUGAGGGUCUACGGCGUAAUGGAUUCACAGCAGCAGAGGAUCUAGAUGAGAAGUCUGAGAACAGCUUACCAAAAGAUAUUCAUGCCUGCUGAUGAAAAUUUUGGGGGUUUUGAAGAACGUCUUUCUAAUGUGGAGCUUCAUGCUGAAUUGGCUCAUAUACCUGCAGUUCGUUCCAUGGUGCAGUCUAUCUGCGACUCUUUUGAAGGAAAACGACGUGGAAUAUGUAAAUUCAGACAUUGGAAUGGCUCUUAAAAGCAUGUCAUAGGUCAGUUUCUUUGCUCUAUAAAGAUGUUAGUCUAUUUGUCUAGGAAGACAAUUGUAUUGUCAAGAAAGAUAACUCUUUGAGGGAUAUUAAAGUUACCAAAACAUCCUCACAAGCAUAAGAGAAGAGAAGGAGGGGGGGGGGGGGGUGGUUAAGGCAGAGAGACAGAGAGUUGUACCUAUGAAUUUUUGUAGUUAAUUUGGUUUUCUUUUUCAUCUCUACUGCUAUUGUAAUUACAAAACCGCUGAGGAUGUGCUCCGGUAUGGUACGAAGAACUUACCAGGCAGCUCGUGGUUGUGCCGAAGCGAAUAUCUAUUUGAAUUUUGAAGGAGUCCUUGCAUCGGUGAAACAAUGUAAUACAGAACGAAGUCGCAUAUGAUAACAUACUGUAGAAGUGUUAAUCUUUUCAACUAGUGAAUUGUGUGAAGGAAAGUACUUGUGCAAUUUCUUUGAAGUUGGAAAAGACCAACAUUUCUUUUAAAUUUUGUUAAAGCAGAUUGACCUCAAAUUCAGAGAGAAUGCAAGGAAUUUGAUA